UGUGUCGCACAUCUUGCUGUCGCACGCACAACUUGCUGUCGCCACCUACGAGCGAAGCGAGUGGGUGGAACACCGAGUAUACCAAGCGCGACUUCACAAUGCUUCACUCGAUUUCCUGGUGGUACGCGUAUAUAAACCACAGGCGGCAUGAGCACACGAACAAAUGUGAAUCGGGAUACGCCUAUAGAUCUAUAGUGUAUGUUGUAUCCGCAUGGCUCUUACUGAGCUACCCAGCCUUCCAAGACGGUAGUGCUUUAGUCAACUUUAUGCACUUCUCACUCACCCUUCACUUGUCCCCUUCAUACUCCCCAGAAUAUCCUCCCACCUCAGCUUUCCCCCUCCACCAAAACAAACAGACAACCAAACACGUGCCUCACCCCCUUCUCCGGGUGUGUGUGGCUUAGUCUUCUGGUCGCACGUACGUCACCAGACGCUCCCGGCGGUUGGUCGCGAGACUGGCGGGAGGGUACAGAGGGUUUGUGUGUGAGCACCGCGACGCAUGCACGGAUAGGGUAGGGAUAGCUACGGACGGGGCGCACGACACGACUCGGAUUUGGGGGGGAAAAGCAACUGCGAAUCCGAAGCUGGGGACGAGCUGAGGCUACGAUACACGCCGCCUGCCUGACAGAGUGCCGAAUCGCGCAUUCGAGAUAACCCGCCAGGGAAACGAAUCCGAAUUUCCGAAAGCUGAGCUUUCGUGAGGGCGAAGGGGGGGCAGACAUACAUACGUGGGCGACGGGGACUGGGGCCGCGGGCUGGAUUGGACUGGACUGCGGCUGCCUGCUGAUCUCUGUGUAUACGCGGAAGGGACGAGAUACGAAGGGAGGGUGUGUGCGCUUCGGCCACGGUGACAUGGCUGAUGCGGUGCCUGUGAUUCGGGUUCUGGAUGGGCGGGAGGAGGGGAGCGUGAAGGGGGAGGGCGGGAGGGGCGGGGCAAGCAGUGGGAGUGAAGGCAACGUGGUAUCCCGAAAAUCGCCAAGCAUCGGCAGCAAGGCCAUGAGAAGCCCAACGGUGCGAGCUGGGAAUACGAAGAGCGCGGCUGCGGGGAAGACGUCGUCUGCGGCUAUUGAUCCGCUGUCACACCAUAUCCUCAAGCGCACGAACACCGAGAACACGAUCCCGCAGCGUAUGCGCACCGCGAACGUGGCGGAUAGCCCGAAGAGCGAGAUUGUGAAGCCGGGGAGCGAGACGGGUGGUGGGGGCGGCGCGGCGAGGAGCGCUGCGGCGGAGGGGACGAGGGAGGAGGGCGCGCCGCAGAGGGAGAAGAAAAAAGUCUCGUUCCUCAGCCGCUUCAGCAUCGGCAAGAAGAAAGGCAUGGACGCGGACGCGGACGCGGACGACGACGACGACGACGAGAGCGAGCAGGGGGACCUCCGCACCGAGGGUAUGAACGCCCAGGCGUAUGCGGGUGCUGCGCGGACGGCGAGCGGGUUCAUGCCCCAGCAUAAGGAGCCGCCGAGGUACAUUAAGGUGAGGGCGAGGUAUAAGAGGGAGAGGGAGUUCAAUCGCAUGUUUUUGGCACAGGAGCUGUGUGGGACCAAGACGCCGGUGGCGGCGGGGGAGGAGAAGGAGAAAGCGGUUCCUGAUGUGCCGCCUGGGUCGCGCCCGACGUCACGCGAGCAGCAUGGCGGCGCGGUGUGGACUACGGAGUUUAGUCUUGAUGGCAAGUACCUCGCUGCCGCGGGCCAGGACACCGUCGUGCGUGUGUGGUCUGUGAUCGCGACAGCUGAGGAGCGCGCCGCGCACGAAGCGGAAGAGGAGCAAAGCGAAGGCACCGGCGCCCCCCUCAGCGCGCCCGUCUUCCGCAGCAAGCCCGUCCGCGAAUUCGAAGGCCACAACGCCACCGUCCUCGACCUAAGCUGGAGCAAGAAUAACUUCCUCCUCUCCUCGUCCAUGGACAAGACCGUGCGCCUCUGGCACGUCAGCCGCGCCGAAUGCCUCUGCACCUUCAGGCACCGCGACUUCGUGACCAGCAUCGCCUUCCACCCCCGCGACGACCGCUUCUUCCUCGCCGGCUCCCUCGACUCCGUCCUCCGCCUGUGGAGCAUCCCCGACAAAGCCGUCGCGUUCUGGAACCAGCUCCCCGACCUCAUCACCGCCGUCGCUUUCACCCCCGACGGCCGCACCGCCAUGGCCGGCGUCCUCUCCGGGCUUUGCCUCUUCUACGAGACCGAGGGGCUGAAAUACCACACCCAGAUCCACGUGCGCUCCUCCCGCGGCCGCAACGCCAAGGGCUCAAAGAUCACGGGGAUCCGCACAGCAACCACCCCAGACGGCGACGUCCAAAUCCUCGUCUCCUCCAACGACAGCCGCGUGCGCCUCUACGCGCUGCGCGACAAAUCCGUCGCCGCCAAGUUCCGCGGGCACGUCAACGCCGUCUCCCAGAUCCGCGCCUCCUUCUCCGACGAUGGCCGCUACGUCAUCUGCGCCUCCGAAGACCGGCGGACGUACAUCUGGAGUACCGGCGCCGGGGAGGAAGGUGCGCGCGCACCAGUCGAGUUCUUCGCUAGCCAUGCGGGCGCGGUGACGACGAGCGUGCUGGCGCCGGCGGGGACGAGGGCGUUGUUGGCGAUGAGUGGGGAUCCGGUGUAUGAUAUCUGUGACCCGCCGCCUGUGACGCUGAGGAGUCGGGCGGAGGGGAUGAGGAGACCUACUGGGCCUGGGGUGCGGCACAGCGCGCACGCGGAGGGGAAUAUUGUUAUUACUGCCGACUUGGGCGGGGGGAUCAAGGUGUUCCGCCAGGACUGCGCCGGGGGUAAGCGUCGCGCGGAGGUGUGGGAGACGGGGAGUAUGCUCUCCUCUCGGCGUCGCGGUAGAGGGCAUGUAGGCAGGAAAUCAACGGAGAGUGGCACCGGCUUGAGGGUUAGGACGGGGACGGGGUUGGCGGAGGAGAGGGGGCAGUCGGAGGAGAUUAUGCAGUGGGCGAGUGGGAUUCAGACGCCUGCGUCGUCGGAGGCGGAUGGGCUGGGGAGUAUUAGGAGUGUGCGGACUGCGACGAUGGGGACGGGGACGACGGUUGGGGCCGAUACGCCGAGUGUGAGGAGUGAGAGGAGUGUUAGUCCCGGGGUGGUGAGGAGGGAGAGGCGGGGGGCGAGUUUAGCGCCAGGGAGGAAGGCGGAGCCGGCGCCGGGUGGGCUGUUGCCGACGCCGAGCUUUAGUUUGAAGCUUGCGAGGGGGGGGGGAGUAGUGGUGGUGGUGGGGGAGGAGGCGGGUGGUGGAAGAGCGAUAGGGGGAGUGAAGGGUUGA